UGCUGAAGAUGGUAUAUGAGGAGAGCCGCAAGAUCCUGGCUUUGUCAGAACAUCCCUUUGGUUUUACAGAGCUGAAGAAUGUUCAUCAGAGUGGAGUGGCGAUGGAGGGGUGGCAGAAGGAGGGCUUAGCCUUGCUGGAUGCUAUGCAGUCACUGAAAGAUUAUCUUAGCAAGGUGGCAGAUAGAGAAGACAAGGAAGAACAGAGGCAGAUGCUUGUAGAGCACCUUUUCUCCUCAGACCGGAAUAGCUUGCUCUCUGAAAUACAGGACCUCCGAGCUCAACUACGCAUGACACAUCUGCAGAACCAGGAGAAGCUACAGCAGUUACAGGAAACCCUGACCAAGGCAGAAGAUCAUGGUAGCAAACAAGAACACCAGCUUCGGAGGAAAGUUGCGUUAUUAGAAUAUUAGCAGGAAAAAUCAAUCAUAAGUGACUUGCACAGCACCCUGUCUGAGGAGCAGAAGAGAGCCUCUGAAACACGCGAUCUAUUGAAUCAAGAAAAAGCAGCCCUGAAAUCAGAGCUUUGUGAA